AUGAAGAACCUCGACAUUUAUUCCGGGAUGUUUACCCAUGUAAUUGACCUCACCGUGGAGGUUAGCUGCACCACCAUUGACCAGCUACUGGGGGGAAUCGGCGCGGGCUGCCCGAAAUUGGAAAGGCUGAAGCUCGUGUCGUUGCGCGGCGACCCGCGGUUUCAGAUCAACGCCGCGCCUUGGAGGAAGCUCGCGCGGCAAUGCCCCCGCAUAACGUCACUGGAGCUCGACUCCCCACUCUACCGGAGGUCCAACGAGUUCAACGAAACGCCGCCUCCUCCAGUGGACGCCUUCCCCGCACUGCGCUCACUCACCCUCCUCUACGAGCCCUCACACUACCGCUUCAUCGCCCGCUGCUCCUCCCUCACCUCCCUCACUCUCUGGUGUCCCAACGCCUACGCGCUCUACUCCCUCGCGUCCCCCUCCUCCCCUCUCCACCUCUCCCUCGCCUCCCUCACCAUACAUUCCGCUCGCCUCGAAGCUGCCCUCACGCCCAUCGCCUCCUUCCCGCGCCUCACCUCUCUCGCCUUCCACUCCUACACCAUCGAUCCCUCACUGGUUGCAACCAACCCGGCUCUUUCCUCCCUCUCCCUCCACUCCACCUCCUACCCUCUCUUCAUCUCCCAAGGCCUCCGCAAUUUGUUCCUGUCGUCCUUCUCCCGCCUCCACACCCUCACUCUCUCGGGGCUGCCCGCGUUCCGCCCGGGCAUGCUUGCACGCUGCAGCGGUCUGAAGCGUCUCACGCUGAAAGGGAAGGGGGAGGCGAGGGAGAGUGUUAUGCCCUCUGAGGCGCCGCAGAAGCCGUCGUUGGAGUGCCUUGUGGCCAUGCUGGUGCGCGUGGAAGAGAGGGCAGGCGGCGGAGUUAUGGUGGGAGGGGACAAUGGAGAGGAGAGACAGGAAGGGGAGAUUGCUGUGGACAAUGGGGAGGUAGGAGGAGCAUCAGCAGAAGAUGAUGAAGAAGCAAUGAAAGCCCAAGACGCAGCAGCACCCCUAGCAGCUGCCACGCCGGUGGUAGCAGAAACAGGGAUCACUGGCCAUAGGGGCAUUCGGUACCUGGACCUCCGUGCAGAAGCAGCAGCAGCACGCGCUGACAUGGUGGCCGCAUUCGACGACUGGACUGCCCUCAUGAAGACCGCUCAGUGGAAGCUCGGGAAAAUCUUGCCAGAGGUCACGCGCGCUCGCAACACGCGCGGGGAGUUCGCGCUUUUGACCAUCCGGCAUGUGGUGAUUGAGGUGCGCGCCGCCAUAUCGCUGUGCCUGUGCGUGCGCCUGUCAGUAGACGAGGUGAACGCGCGGAUUGCACGCGAGGAGGCAGUUCUAGACGCCUGUGCUUCUGCCGCGGCUGCAGGUCUCUUCACUGCAGCGCUGGAUGAAGAAUGGGAGGCAGAGCACCGGGAGAGGGACGGAGUGGGGGGAGCAGGAGGAGGGAGGGAGGUGGAGGAGCUGGUGGGGUUUGUACCUGAGAAUGAGCUGUCAGCUGAUAUGGCGGAGGUGAGCGAGACGCUGCUGGGGGAGGAGACGGGUGGGUGGCCGGCGAUUGUGGCGGUGUCGCGAAGAGAGGCGCGGGCGCUGGUACAUGCGCUCACACAGCAACUGGUGGCGCGCAUGCAGGCUGUCGCUGCCGGGGUUCCACCUGGCGCUCCUCCCUUAUUGAAUGGGGAAGCGGCAGCGCCCUUAUUGAAUGGGGCAGCGGCAGCGCCUGGGGCAGCAGCAGUGCCUCGAGCAGUGGCACCCGGGCUGGCCACAGCAGCAGGGGCUGGGGCAGCGGCAGAAAGGGUGGCCGAAGGAGCUGGGGCAGCAGCUGGGGUAGCUACAGCAGGAGCAGGGUCGUUGGGAGAGGACGCGAGUGUAGUAGGAAGGGCUGGGAAGGACGAGCAGCUGUGUGGCACACCCUUACAGGGGAGCACACCAGCAACGCCUGUGGAAGUGUUGUGCCCUCCACUGGAGGCCCUCACCCUCGACAGCAUUCAGUUCGCCUCCACUAGCGACCCUUCCUGCCUGGGCAGCGAGCCACAGUCGUUUGAAUCUCUCACACGGGCCGCUGUGUUUGGAAGGCUCAAGAGCUUGGCGAUAUUAAACUGUUAUGGGCUGGGCGAGGGGCGGCUGGUGAAGCUGCUGCGUGCAUGUGGCCUGCUGGAGAAUCUGCGGGUGGAGGGCAGUGAUGCGUUCUCAGACUCUGUGAUAGCGGGGAGUAAACUGGAGGUGCUGACUCGGUUGACUGUGGUGGGGUGCGGUGGAGUCACUGCAGACGGCAUUGGCGGGCUGCUGGGGAACGUGCCAAGGCUGCGGUAUUUGAAGGUGGAGGCGGAUAAGGUCUCUGACAGGGCUCGCCGGGAGUUGCUUCGUGCUGGAGUGGUUGUCAGGGGAGUGUGA